UAGUAAUAUAAAGCAAAAAAGCUAGCGUUCACCUGUUGCGCCGGCGUCCCGCCGGAGGAGUUAGUCUUGUCGGCUGCGUGACAGAAUCGGAGGUUCCAUCUCCGAUCCCGUCUCCUGGAGCUCCGAUUAAAGUAAGGAAACCUCCCGAACUUCCCCCUUGUCCGAGUCUUGGGCGACUCGUGACUUGAUGGCGCUGAUGAUGAGUACUGGCGAUGAUCAUUACCUAAUAAUUCUACCGCCGCCGUGGGCAGAAGUCCCACCGUAGAAUCCGAAUAACCAUAUAUUUUCCCUUUUGUAAUAUUAACUUUCUUCCUCCUUUUCCACCAAAAACAUCUCCCCAUAUUUCCUUUCCUAAAUGUCGAAUGAAUAUAUGAUCCCCUUCUCUCUCCCACACAAAUAACGUAACUAUAUAUACACACAGACUGACAGAUUGCCAGUGGCGGAGCCACUUGGAGAGGAGUGGUGUUGUACCCAUUUGAGUUUGGAGAAUUUUCUUAUGAGUAGGGGUAUAUACAAAUUCGAAUCAGUGAUCAUUCAGUUGCAAGAAGAAUUUCUUACCAUCUCAACCGACUCUACAAUAGAGAAAUUUCUUGCCUUUUGUUUAAACAAAACCGAAAGUGAUGAAGUACCAAUUGAAGUUCACUUGUUUGUUUCACAAAAUCAAUUCCAAGGACGAAUCCAGCGAAUGUGAAAGCCGAUAGGGGAAAAGAUACCAAUUGGCCGGCCGGCAGCCGGCGCGUAGUGUAAUAUCCACCGGGCAAAGAGUAUCUGUAUGAGACCGAAAAAAGUUAAUUGCGUUAAUCCUGAAAGCAAAGGAGGUAUGGUAUCUUGAUGCAUUCUGGAGGGUCUCUGUUUCGUUUUCCGCUGCUGUGUUUCCUGUUCUCCUUUCCCAUUUGUUUUUUUUUUGUAAUGUUCCCAUUUGUUUUUUUUUUGUAAUUAAAGCAGGUUUUUCCCCCUCUUCUUCUUCUGUCAUUUGCUUCUUGAACUGCACUCCCUUGCUUUCCUGUUUUCAUCUUUUAAUCAAGUAAUUUCAUCCA